GCUGUGAUGAUGCGGCCUGCCAGGUUCCUGCAAAGCGCACACAUCCCCGUUUUUCGUUUCGGGGUAUUUUUCUUAUCUUUUUUCUCUUCUCAGUCAUCUCGGCCUCGGCGUGGGGCCAAGGCAGCGGCGCCGGCGCCGGCUGGAGUCAUGCAACUACUGCUAUUAUAAAUCCCGGCCGCCAUUAAAGGGCCAUUGUUCCUCACCACGGCGGAUUACUCACCUCGUCACCGAACACGAGAAUGAGGUUUCCAGCGCUCGACGGCUCACCGCUGUUGCGGUCACUUCGCGCCUUCCAGGUCUAUGGGGCCAACACUAACGUGGGGAAGACAAUCGUGUCGACGCUGCUCUGCAAGGCGCUCCUCCGCCGCGAGUCGGAGAAAAAUCAGGGUGUGUGGUAUCUGAAACCGGUCUCGACCGGUGCCGGCGUGGAUGCAGAUGACCGACAUGUAACCAAGUACGCGCACGGCGUGAAUGCAAAAUGUCUAUGGCAGUUCAAGGAGCCGAUCAGCCCGCAUCUGGCUGCUCCGCAGACUCCUCAACAUUCGGACGAAGCGCUUCUGUCGCAGCUGCACAAGCAUAUCGCCGGCAUCAAGCAGUCGGGGACGCUGGUCGUGGAGACGGCCGGCGGCGUGCAUUCGCCGACGCCCUCGGGGACCUCGCAGGCGGAUUUCUACCGGCCGCUUCGGCUGCCAAUAGUCCUCAUCGCCGACUCGGCGCUGGGCGGAAUAUCCUCCUCCAUCUCCGCGUUCGAAUCCCUCCACAUCCGCGGCUACGAUGUCGAGCGAGUAGUAAUCUUCUCGAACUCGACGUACCGCAACGACGGCUACCUGGGGCCAUACUUCGAGCGGCACGGCGUGCCCACGACGGUGCUUCCCUCGCCGCCUUCGCAGCACGAGAGCCCCGCCGAGGACGCCUCGGCAAUGUCCGAGUACUACGAGUCCACCGCCGCGAGCCUGAGCCCCGCGAUCGCGGACCUCGAGUCGCGGCACGCAUCCCGCAUCGCAGAGCUCGAGAGCAUGCCCGCGCGCGCAGCAGAGACGAUAUGGUACCCGUUCACGCAGCACGCCGAGAUCUCGCCGGCGACCAUCCAGGCGAUCGACUCGGCGCACGGCGAUUUCUUCCAGGUGUACUCGCCCGCCGCGAAGUCCGCGAAGUCCGCGGAGAAGCAGGAGGAGGUGCUGCGCCAGAAAUUCGACGGCUCGGCAUCGUGGUGGACCCAGGGGCUGGGGCACGCGAACCCCGACCUUACACUCGCCGCCGCGUAUGCCGCCGGAAGGUACGGCCACGUGAUGUUUCCCGGAUCGAUCCACGCGCCGGCACUCACGCUGGCGGAGAUGUUGCUCAAGAACCUGGGGAAUGAGCGCCUCGAGCGCGUGUUCUACUCCGACAAUGGGAGUACCGGUGUCGAGGUGGCGCUCAAGAUGGCGCUGCGCGCGAGUCGCCUGAGGUAUGGAUGGGGUGCUAACGAUGACCUCGGGAUCCUCGGAUUGAAGGGCGCAUAUCAUGGCGACACCAUCGGAGCGAUGGACUGUGCCGACCCCGGUGUGUACAAUGAGGAGGUGGAGUGGUAUAGCGGCCGUGGUCACUGGUUCGAUUUCCCCAAGGUCGCGAUGAAGGAUGGUGUGUGGAAGGUUACCAUGCCCGAGGAGAUGGGUGGGGGCGAGACGGAGUUCGCAAGCCUCAGCGAGGUGUUUGACGUGGAAGGUCGGGAGGCCGGAAGCCUCGGUGAGAUGUAUGCAAAGUAUAUCCGCGCCCGUCUCGAGCAGCUCGUCAAGUUCGAGGGCAGAAAGUUCGGUGCAGUGAUGAUCGAGCCGGUGGUCCUAGGCGCCGGAGGAAUGCUUUUCGCCGACCCACUGUUUCAACGUACACUCGUGAAUGUCGUGCGCUCCAGCGCCGACCUAUUCCCCGCAGCGGCCUCCGAGCCCACCGGAUCACCAACCUGGUCCGGCCUGCCCAUCAUAGUCGACGAGGUAUUCACGGGGCUCUACCGUCUGGGUCGGAUCACGUCGUCGUCGUUCCUCGGGAUAAACGCCGACAUCAGCAUCCACGCGAAGCUUUUAACGGGCGGGCUGCUGCCACUGUGCGUGACUCUCUCGAGCGAUAGCAUCUUCCGCGACUUCCUCGAUGAGAGCAAGACCAAAGCGCUUUUGCACGGGCACAGUUACACCGCGCACGCGGUCGGCUGCAACGUGGCCAAGACCAGCGUCGAGACCAUGCUAGCUAUGGACGCGGGAGACGCCUGGCGUGCGGCUAAAAAGGACUGGAAACGGUCCGGCGAGGAGACGGGUGCCGCUUGGAGUACGUGGCGGCAUAGCUUCAUCACUGAAGUCUCCCGCUUCAGCCAGGUCGAGGGCGUGUUCGCGCUCGGAUCGGUGCUGGCUAUAACGCUGAAAGAUAAUACUACGGGAUAUACUUCUACCGCCGCCGCGGGACUGUUGAAAAAGCUGAAGGUGGAGGGUGUGGAUGCGAGAACGUUGGGGAAUGUGCUGUACGUACUCGCCAGUCUGACGACGAAGGAGGAGGCGGUUAGGGGACUGGAGGAGCUUUUGGUGAGGGGGUUGGGGGAGGUGUAGAUAGGGGGUUAUCUUUCGACGCGUCAUGCUCGACUCAAGAGAUGUAGAUAAGUAGGAGGUCAUCCAUCGCUAUAUCGUAAUCGAGCGAGUCUGAAAUGCGACAUCACGAG